GUGUAAACAGGCGGCGGAGAGCGCGGUUCAGCUGAUUCCACACAGAACUCCACACUGCACUGAAAAGCUCGUCAAGAUACCUCCAGAGCAGCACUGUUACCUUUUCUGUGAGAUAAACAGCCUGUUUGACGCCACGGGUGUUGGAAAGAAAGUCUCAUUUUUACUUGUUUUAUUUUCUUCUUUUCAGUCUGAGCGCUUUGUUACUUCUCGUGUUUCUUGACUCGCCUAAUGGUUCACUCUGUAUGCAUUUCCGAUACGUUAUCUCUCUAAACUGAGACAUUCUGAGGAAAUUUGCCCUUUCUGUCAGGAUGAUUCGGCGCGGUUUAAUAACCUAGCUAGCUAGCUCUGGCUAACUGACUGACUGACUGAGGUUCUGAUUCACCUCCAGCGGUUGCCACAACAACCGGGAAUUCGAACACGAGCGCGCGGCUUAUUUAUUCGUACUGUAAGUAUUAUUAAGUAUUUCCUGCAUUUCGUGACAAAUGGCUGAAAGCGGUGGAAUAAAGCCUGGAGAAAGCCCCAACGCCGGGAGGAUGGGGAAGCAGGCAGCUGCUGAAAGCCCUGGAGCGAGCCCAGGCAGCGGGAGGAAGAAGAACGGCGGAGAGAGCCCCGGCUCUGGGAGGAUGAAGCCGCAUCAGUCGCCCUCUACCCGGUCUGCGAGGUAUCACGCAGGCGCCGCCGGUCACUCUUUCCGCAGGGUGACCCUGACCAAGCCGACUUUCUGCCAUCACUGCAGCGAUUUCAUCUGGGGGCUCGUGGGCUACCUCUGCGAAGUGUGUAACUUCAUGUCCCAUGAGAAGUGUUUGAAGCACGUGCGGACGGUCUGCUCCUGCAUGACGCCCACGCUGGUGCGGGUUCCUGUAGCUCACUGCUUUGGUCCAGCGGGUCAGAAGAAACGCUUCUGCUGCAUCUGCCGUAAAAACCUGGAGGGAACGCCGGCCCUGCGCUGUGAAGUGUGUGAGCUGCACGUUCACAGCGACUGCGCCCCAUUCGUCUGCAGUGACUGUCGUCUCUGUCACCAGGAUGGAGGCCAGGACUACGACAUGUUCCAUCACCACUGGCGGGAGGGCAACAUGGCGUCCGGAGCGCGCUGCGAGGUGUGUCGGCGUGUCUGUGGCUCCUCCGACGUCCUCGCUGGUUUGCGGUGCGAGUGGUGCGGAGUCACGGCGCACGCCUCGUGUAAUAUAGUGAUCUCUCAGGAGUGCGGCCUAGGUCGGCUUCGCAACAUGAUCCUGCAUCCCAGCUGUGUACUCGUCUGUUCGCGCAACUUCAGCAAGAUGCACUGCUACCGCAUCUCGGAGCCCCCGCAGCAGUGCGAACUGGAUAAUCAAGAUGACUCCGAUGUUCAAAACCCAGUCGCCCCGAAGGAUAGUCAGUCCUCAGGCUCAUCGGAAACCGGGAAGCAGACUUUAAGAGUGUUCGACGGGGAUGACGGAGUGAAGCGUAAUCAUUUCCGGCUGGUGUCUAUUCCUAGAAUCAUCAAAAACGAGGAAGUAGUGGAAGCAGCUCUCAGGGCGUUCUACAUCCCGGACGACGCUCGGGAUUACGAGCUCCAGAAUUGCACCCACCCAGACCUGCUAACCGAUGACAUCAUCAACCGCAACGGCGUGCCGGACAACAAGGCCGUCUUCAAGGACUGCCCUGCUGAGGUGUGUCUUCUCCGAGCCAAGCCCAAAGACACAGAUGUGCUAAAGAUCUACGCUGGCUGGCUCAAGGUCGGUGUUGCCUACAUAAGUAUCACUGUUGGGAAAAGCAGAACAGUCGACUCUAUCAUUAAGGAAGUGCUCGUCCAGCUUGGCCAACAGAAUGAAAACCCAGACAAUUUUAACCUUUUGGAGGUUUUCAUGGGCGGCAAACAUGUGCAGAAACAGGUUCUUGGUGGACGGGAGCUGUUGAUGGACAAGCUGCAGGAGAUCAGAAAGACAUCUCUGAGGCAGAUGAACCAGACGCGCUUUUACAUCGUAGAGAAAAGGAACCGGGUGGCCCAGGUGGACCUGCUGAUCGGAGGACUUCCUGUGCAGCUCAGCACAGAGGAGUACACGGAGCUGCUCCAGGAACACCUCGCUAUCAAGAGUCACUUGGUCACUGUCGCUCACGUUUACCAAGCACAGGGAGCCUUGGCUUUGCAGAUCACUUGUUUUUCUGAAGCUGAACGAAUCUACAUGCUGGCCAGAGACACCAGUAUUAAUGGCAAGCAGCUCACUUGUCUCGUCAUACCUAAGAUCAUGAAAAGCAAGCUAGCCAGAGAUUCUUGCCCUUUGCUGGUGUUUGUUAACCCUAAGAGCGGAGGCCUGAAAGGCAGAGAGAUCCUUUACGGCUUACGGAAACUUCUCAACCCUCAUCAGGUGUUCGAACUGACCAGCGGAGGGCCAUUAGCUGGACUGCACACGUUCCGUGAGGUUCCCCACUUCCGCAUGCUGGUGUGUGGAGGAGACGGGACAGUGGGGUGGGUCCUGGGUGUUCUGGAGACCAUCAGACACAAACUAGCCUGUCCCGAGCCUGCCAUUAGCAUCGUCCCUCUGGGAACAGGCAACGAUCUGGCACGUGUUUUGCGCUGGGGGGCUGGUUACAGCGGUGAGGACCCCCAUAGCGUCCUGGUCUCAGUGGACGAAGCAGAAGAGGUGGAGAUGGACCGCUGGACCAUCCUGUUUGACGCUCAGGAAAUGGCCGAGGACGGAAAACAGAACGGCUUCCUGGAGCCUCCGAAGAUAGUCCAGAUGAAUAAUUACUUCGGCUUAGGGAUCGAUGCAGAACUCAGCUUGGAUUUCCAUCAUGCUCGGGAGGAAGAGCCAGGAAAAUUCAACAGCAGAUUUCAUAAUAAGGGCGUGUACGUGAAAGUCGGCCUGCAGAAACUGAGUCACACACGAAACCUUCACAGGGACCUGAAACUGCAGGUGGACAAGCAGGACAUCGAACUGCCAAGUAUAGAGGGGCUGAUCUUCCUCAACAUUCCCAGCUGGGGCUCUGGUGCUGAUCUCUGGGGUUCGGACAGCGACGCACGCUUUGACAAGCCCAGGAUAGAUGACGGCAUGCUGGAGGUAGUGGGAGUGACUGGGGUGGUACACAUGGGUCAGGUCCAAAGCGGGCUGCGCUCAGGGAUCCGGCUCGCUCAGGGCAGCUACAUCCGCAUCACCGUGACAAAACCCAUCCCGGUGCAGGUGGACGGCGAGCCGUGGAUCCAAGUCCCCGGACAGAUCAUCAUCUCCGCAGCGGGACCCAAGGUGCACAUGCUGAGGAAAUCAAAGGUCAAGCAGAAGAAGCAAUCCGGCAGUCUGAAGGAGGGAAGGUCCGAGAGCCCGGCGCUGGGAGAGGGGGCAAACUGACAGAAAAGCCCAAACACACACACACACACACACACACACACACACACACACACACACACACAGAGACACAGACUCUCUCUCUCUUUCAGAAAUCUGCACAGUGCCUCCAUUCAGUACCAAGUCUGCGUCCACCACUAUGUUGGUGGAGUAACAAUCAAAUUCACUGGAUCAGAGAAGAGAUAUAUAACUAAACAUAUAUAACAAACUAUAUAUAUAUAUAUAUAUAUAUAUAUAUAUAUAUAAAA